AAUUUUUGAAGUCAUUUGGGUAAAAACUAAAAAGGUUCAAUUUUGAAGUUCCAUUGGUGGUGGUGUGCCUUUGGCUUCUGCGACAGCUGGAAUUCUCUGCAAUAUCUAUGAAGUCGGCAACAUCGGCCACGUCGCCAACGGCGACAAGCUUUAAACUAGGAUCUCUCAGACUCUUAGCCUUGGCGCAGCAGCUGCGGCUAUACAAACCGCCGCUUUCUUCACCGUUCGACGAGGAGAGCACCAGGAAAUUGGUAUCCCACGUUGGGUUUCAGGAACUUAUGGCUCCGGUGAGGCUCACACCGAAGAAAGCGGCUGUCUUGAUUUGUCUCUUUGAAGGAGACGACGGUGAUUUGCGUGUGAUCCUCACUAAGAGGUCUUCCACAAUGUCUACUCACUCGGGAGAAGUUUCUUUACCAGGUGGUAAAGCAGAAGAGCAUGAUAAGGAUGAUGGGGUCACUGCAACCAGAGAAGCAGAGGAAGAGAUUGGAUUAGACCCUUCUCUUGUUGAUGUUGUUGCUUUCCUCGAACCAUUUCUGUCUCAGCAUCUGCUUAGAGUAACUCCUGUGGUAGGAAUAUUAUGGGACAAAAAAGCGUUCAAUCCAAGGCCAAGUCCUACAGAAGUGGAAGCCGUGUUUGAUGCACCCUUUGAAAUGUUUCUGAAGGAUGAGAACCGGAGAUCCGAGGAGAUUGAGUGGAUGGGGGAAAAGCUUUUGUUCCACUUCUUUGAUUACAAAACAGGAGAUGACGAUUAUGUUAUAUGGGGUUUAACUUCCAGAAUCUUGAUAAGAGCUGCAACAGUGGUUUAUCAACGACCACCGGCUUUCAUUGAACAGAAACCUAACUUGAAGUACUCCAAAAUGAACCAGGCUACUAGUUUAUAUGGAUAGUUGAAGGCGCCGAGUUCUAGCAUCCGCCUUCCUUGGAGAUCUUGUGGCAAAUUUACAUGAAUCUUGUGAAAAAGGACGAUUGCUAGAGGUGUCUCUAUUUGGUCAUGUCCAGGUCAGUCUGUAUUACUGAUAUUUGUAAAGUUGCCUUUUGUCUGCUCUUUGUUUCCAAAGUUAUUUCUGCGGUAUGUUCAAUUGUGAGAAGUGAGCUAUUUCCAUGUUAUCAAUAUAUCCUACAACAAAUAUCAGGUUCAUUUGUGGAAAUGGUGGAUUGUUCAUUUCUAAUU